AGCUGUGACCGAUAGUAACCCCUGGUGUACUGCACAGCCUCCUAUCUAUAAAAGGAACUCCGGGUUAAAAAACCACUGCCUGCCUUUUUUUUUACUGUCGGAGGCAGAGAGAGAAAGGAGGAGGGGGGAUAGUGUGCAGAGGGGAGACUGACAAACAUAUAGCAUCUCAGCACACCGAGGAGAGAGCAUCACAGGAGCUUUGUCCGGACUGGAGAGACUCGGGACUCCUCUGAAUAGGGGAUCUCAUGAGCUCACCCACGAUCGGAACCCACUAACAAGUUAAUGAGCAACCUAAAGCCUUUGGUACUGCAACAACUUCUGCCAGAGCCGCAGAGGUGAAGCAGUGUGCACUCUCAGGGGGAAGAUGACUUACUGUACGCAACUAGGACUCCUUCUCUGGAAAAACUUUACCUACCGACGGAGGCAGACCCUGCAGCUGCUUGUUGAGGUAGCUUGGCCUCUCUUCAUCUUCUUCAUUCUGAUCUCUGUGCGACUUUCCUAUCCACCCUAUGAACAACAUGAAUGUCAUUUUCCAAACAAGGCAAUGCCAUCUGCUGGGACAUUGCCGUGGAUGCAAGGGAUUAUCUGCAAUGCCAAUAACCCAUGUUUCCGGUAUCCGACACCAGGGGAAUCACCGGGAGUGGUUGGAAACUUCAAUAGGUCAAUAGUUUCUCGCUUGUUCUCGGAUGCACGGAAAUUGCUGCUAUACAGUCGCAAAGACACCAGUGGGAAGGACUUGCACAAAUUCUUGACAAAUUUACAUAGGUUUCGGGGCACAGGCUUGAAGCUUAGGGACUGCUUGAUGGAUAAUGGGAAAUUCACUACCUUCCUUCAGCAAAACAUAAGCAUGCCUCCCAUUGUAGUGGAAGAAAUAAUGGAUGCAGAUCUGAAACUGGAACAGGUUUUGGUGUCUGGGUUUCAAAUACGAUUGAAGGAUCUAUGCAAUAGCUCUAGGCUGGCAGAAUAUGUCACCAUUCACAAUGAAGAAGUUGCAAAAUUUAGCCAGACGGUAAUCUGUGCUCUUCCAGAGGACAAGCUCAAUCUGCUGGAGCAUGAGUUCCGUUCCAACAUUGAUCUUUUGAAGCCCAUAACGAAAGAAAUGUCUUCAAACUCUUUCCCUGUCCUGAGAGAGGUUACAGAUAACAUGCUGCACAGCCUGGGUCAGCUCGCCAAAGAAGUUAUAACUAUGAAGAGCUGGGCAGAAAUGAGGCAGGAAGUCAUGUUCCUUACUAGUGGGAACUCCACAUCUUCACCAACCUCAUUAUAUCAAGCGGUAUCACGUAUUGUGUGUGGCCAUCCUGAGGGAGGUGGAUUGAAGAUCAAGUCCCUCAACUGGUAUGAAGACAAUAACUACAAGGCACUCUUUGGAGCCACUGAAGGUGGAGAAAAUGGCACAGAGGAAGACUCUGGUUCUGCCUAUGACAAUUCUACAACACCUUAUUGUAAUGAUCUGAUGAUGACACUGGAGUCCAGCCCACUUUACAGAAUGAUCUGGAGAGCACUAAAACCCCUACUUGUCGGCAAAAUCCUAUAUACGCCAAACACUCCAGCCACGCGCCUGUUAAUGUCAGAGGUCAACAAAACUUUCCAAGAGUUGAGCGUGUUUCAGGAUCUUGGAGCAAUGUGGGAAGAAGUUCGGCCACUGAUUAAAACAUUUAUAGAAAGCAGCAAGGAAAUGGAUCUUAUUAGGACUCUGUUGACCAAUAAAGGGAGCAAACAGUUCCUAGAUCGCCAACUUAAUUCUACAGGCUGGACAUCAGCAGACAUCUCAAGGUUUUUAGCCAAAGACGUAUUUGAAGCACGGGAUGGGAGUGGAACCUUUUACACUUGGAGAGAAGCUCUUAAUGAGACAGACCGUGUUGUAUUGACCAUGUCACGAUUCAUGGAGUGUGUCAACCUGGACAAGUUAGAACCAGUGGAUACAGAGGAAAAGCUUAUUGAUAAAUCCGCGGAACUUCUAAAUGAGAGAAAGUUCUGGGCAGGUGUAGUCUUUGUGGACCUUCCAGAAAAUGACACAGUGUUGCCUCAACACAUAAAGUAUAAAAUACGCAUGGAUAUAGACAAUGUGGAAAGAACCAAUAAAAUUAAGGAUGGCUAUUGGGAUCCAGGCCCUCGUGCUGAUCCAUUUGAAGACAUGCGUUACAUCUGGGGAGGGUUUGCAUACCUGCAGGAUGUUAUUGAACAAGCCAUCAUCAGAAUACAGACUGGAACAGAGAAGAGGACAGGAGUCUAUGUCCAGCAAAUGCCCUACCCAUGCUAUGUGGAUGACAUAUUUCUUCGUGUUAUGAGUCGAUCACUGCCCUUGUUUAUGACCUUAGCCUGGAUCUAUUCUGUAGCUGUAAUCAUCAAGGGUAUAGUUUAUGAGAAAGAAGCUCGUCUGAAAGAAACCAUGAGAAUUAUGGGUCUUGACAAUGGAAUUCUAUGGCUGAGCUGGUUUAUUAGUAGUUUUAUUCCUCUUCUAAUGAGUGCUGCUUUGUUGGUCCUAAUCUUGAAGACGGGAAACCUUCUACCGUAUAGUGAUCCAAGUGUGGUCUUUGUCUUCUUGUCUAUUUUCGGAGUGGUGACCAUCUCACAAUGCUUUCUGAUCAGCACCCUUUUCUCAAGAGCCAACUUGGCAGCAGCUUGUGGUGGCAUCAUCUACUUUACCCUUUACUUGCCUUAUGUUCUGUGUGUAGCUUGGCAGGACUACGUUGGAUUCUCUCUCAAGAUUUUUGCUAGCUUUUUGUCACCUGUGGCUUUUGGAUUUGGCUGUGAAGUUUUUGCCCUCUUUGAGGAGCAAGGUGUUGGCGUACAGUGGUCCAAUCUUUUGGACAGUCCUCUCCAGGAAGAUGGGUACAGUCUCACAACCUCUGGCUUCAUGAUGCUUUUUGACACACUUUUGUAUGGAGUGAUGACUUGGUAUUUUGAAGCUGUUUUUCCAGGCCAGUAUGGAAUACCUAGAGCUUGGUACUUCCCCUUCACAAAGUCAUAUUGGUGUGGAGAAGAACCGAAUGAGAACUUUCACCACCCGUCCUUACAAAAAGGACCAUCUGAAGUCUGCAUGGAAGAAGAACCUGCUCACCUUCAGCUAGGAGUCUCCAUCCAGAACCUGGUGAAGAUUUAUCGUGAUGGAAAAAAAGUGGCAGUGGAUGGCCUGUCAUUGAGCUUCUAUGAAGGGCAGAUCACUUCCUUUUUAGGACACAAUGGAGCUGGAAAAACGACAACAAUGUCUAUAUUGACUGGGCUAUUCCCACCAACCUCUGGCACAGCUUACAUAAUGGGAAAAGACAUUCGAACAGAGCUCAAUUCUAUCAGACAAAACUUGGGAGUUUGUCCUCAACAUAAUGUACUCUUUGAUAUGCUUACUGUUGAAGAACACAUCUGGUUUUAUGCACGACUGAAAGGACUCUCAGAAGAGAAGGUAAAAACAGAAAUGGAACAGAUGGUAAUUGACGUUGGCCUUCCCAAUAAGAAAAAAUGCAAGACAAAUCAGCUGUCAGGUGGUAUGCAAAGGAAGCUGUCAGUAGCCUUAGCCUUUGUGGGUGGAUCAAAUGUUGUCAUCCUUGAUGAGCCCACAGCUGGAGUUGACCCAUAUUCCCGCAGAGGUAUCUGGGACCUGCUUCUUAAAUAUAGACAAGGACGGACAAUCAUCCUAUCCACACAUCACAUGGAUGAGGCUGACAUUCUGGGUGAUCGGAUCGCUAUAAUAUCCCAUGGAAAACUGUGCUGUGUUGGCUCAUCUCUCUUUCUAAAGAACCAACUGGGGACUGGCUACUACCUAACAUUAGUGAAGAGAGACACCGACUCUUCACUUAGUUCCUGCAGGAACAGCAGCAGUACAAUGUCUUAUCUGAAAAAGGACAGCAGCAUUUCAGCUCCUGCUUCCAAACAGAGUCAGAGCCCGAUGCUGGCAGCACCCUCAGAAGUGGGGCCUACAGGAACGGUGAUUACUAAACAUAACAAACAUGGGCAACGGAAGAGAGAAGCCAAGAGUGGGGAGGAUAGCGUCUCUCAGAGUAGCUCGGAUGCAGGCCUCGGUAGUGACCAUGAAAGUGACACUCUUACAAUAGGUCUGACAGACGUCUCUGUGAUUUCAAACCUCAUCAACAAACAUGUGCCUGACGCACGGCUUGUGGAGGACAUCGGACACGAGCUGACUUACGUCCUACCUUACGAAGCUGCCAAGGAAGGGGCCUUUGUGGAACUUUUUCAUGAAAUAGAUGAUCGUCUCUUUGACCUUGGAAUUUCCAGUUACGGAGUCUCAGACACCACCCUAGAAGAGAUCUUCCUGAAAGUGGCUGAGGAUACUGGUGUGGAUGCGGAAACAUCAGAUGGCUUACUCCCUGCUAGAAGAAAGAGAUAUGCAUUUGGAGACCAUCAAAGCUGCCUGAAACCGUUUACUGAGGAUGACAACUUUGAUACCAAUGACUCUGACUUGGACCCUGAGUCCCGAGAGACAGAUUAUCUGAGUGGCGUUGAUGGCAAAGGCUCUUACCGCAUGAAAAGCUGGAGUUUGAUGAGGCAGCAGUUCACCGCCUUACUUUGGAAGAGGUUGCUGUAUGCCAAACGCAGCAGGAAAGGCUUUUUUGCCCAGAUUGUGCUUCCAGCUGUGUUUGUACUCAUUGCACUGAUGUUUAGCCUUAUAGUGCCCCCGUUUGGUAAAUACCCCAGCCUUGAGAUUGAGCCUUGGAUGUAUGACGAACAGUAUACCUUCUUCAGUAAUGAUGCCCCGGGGGACCCUGGUACUGAGACUCUCUUGAAAGCUUUGCUUGAAAAACCUGGAUUUGGAACUGCAUGCAUGGAUGGCUAUUCUGUUAAGGGUGUCCCUUGCUCUGGUGAAGAUAGAGAAUGGAGAACUCAGUUUGUCUCUCAGUCUGUAGAGGAUCUAUUUAUGUAUGGGAAUUGGACAAUGGAAAACCCUUCACCAGCCUGUGAAUGCAGCAAUGAGAAUGUAAAGAAGAUGCUUCCAGUGUGUCCACCUGGGGCUGGUGGGAUGCCACCCUUUCAGAAAGUACAAAACACAUCAGACACCUUGCAGAAUCUCACAGGCAGGAACAUAUCUGAUUAUCUUGUGAAAACAUAUGCGCAAAUCAUUGGGAAAAGCUUAAAGAACAAGAUCUUGGUCAAUGAGUUCAGGUAUGGAGGUUUCUCCUUGGGGGCAAGCAGUUCCCCACCACUUCCACCAAGUGAGGAGGUCGUUGCUUCCAUUAGACACAUCAAAAGACGCCUGGACCUAGCACAGAAUGGGGCUGCCAAUCGUUUCCUUGAUAGCUUUGGGGUCUUCAUGAAAGGACUAGAUGCAAAGGAUAAUGUAAAGGUAUGGUUUAACAACAAAGGCUGGCAUGCUAUUACUUCAUUUCUUAACGUGAUGAAUAAUGCCAUCCUGCGCUCCAAGCUACCUGAAGGAGAAAAUCCUGCCAAAUAUGGGAUCACGGCUUUUAAUCACCCACUAAAUCUCACUAAAGAGCAACUUUCUGAGGUUGCACUGAUGACCACAUCUGUAGACGUCUUGGUUUCCAUCUGUGUUAUAUUUGCCAUGUCCUUUGUGCCAGCCAGUUUUGUGGUUUUCCUGAUCCAAGAGAGAGUGAGCAAGGCCAAACACAUGCAGUGCAUCAGUGGAGUAAAACCAGUUAUCUACUGGUUAGCCAACUUUGUGUGGGAUAUGUGUAACUACAUAGUGCCAGCUACACUGGUCGUUAUAAUAUUUGUCUGCUUCCAACAAGACUCCUACGUAUCUUCUUCCAAUUUACCUGUCUUGGCCCUUUUGCUUCUGCUUUAUGGAUGGUCCAUAACCCCACUGAUGUACCCAGCUUCCUUUUUGUUCAAGAUCCCCAGUACAGCUUAUGUAGUGUUGACUAGUGUUAAUCUAUUCAUUGGGAUCAAUGGCAGCGUGGCCACUUUUGUGCUGGAACUUUUUACCAAUAAUAAACUAAACAACAUCAAUGAUAUAUUAAAGUCAGUGCUGUUGGUUUUCCCCCACUUCUGCUUGGGAAGAGGACUUAUUGAUAUGGUGAAGAAUCAAGCCAUGGCAGAUGCUCUAGAAAGAUUUGGUGAAAACCGUUUUGUCUCCCCCAUGUCCUGGGACCUGGUUGGAAAGAAUCUCUUUGCCAUGGCUGUGGAGGGAUUGGUUUUCUUCAUUAUAACCCUGCUUAUCCAAUAUCGUUUCUUCAUUAAACCAAGACCCGUGACUGCAAAGCUUCCGCCAAUAAUUGAUGAGGAUGAAGACGUGGCAAGGGAAAGGCAGAGGAUAUUAAAUGAGGGGGGCCGGAGCGAUAUACUGGAAAUCAAAGGACUGACAAAGAUCUAUAGAACAAAGCGAAAGCCAGCUGUUGACAGACUGUGCGUGGGAAUCCCUCCUGGAGAGUGCUUUGGACUGCUAGGAGUUAAUGGUGCUGGUAAAACCACUACUUUCAAGAUGCUUACUGGAGAUACCGAUGUGACUGCUGGCGAAGCUUUCCUGAAGGGUCACAGCAUCCUGUCUAACAUGCAGGAAGUCCAUCAGAACAUGGGGUACUGUCCUCAGUUUGAUGCUAUUAAUGAGCUGUUGACAGGGAGAGAACACCUGGAGCUUUAUGCUUUACUGCGUGGUGUACCCGAAAAGGAGGUUUGCAAGGUUGCCGAAUGGGCAGUACGGAAGCUCGGACUAGUGAAAUACUCUGAGAAAUGUGCAGGGGGCUACAGUGGUGGGAACAGGCGGAAAUUAUCCACUGCUAUUGCUUUGAUCGGAGGACCACCAGUGGUGUUUCUAGAUGAACCAACUACAGGCAUGGAUCCUAAGGCAAGGCGCUUCUUAUGGAACUGUGCCCUAAGUAUCAUAAAAGAAGGAAGAUCAGUUGUACUCACAUCUCACAGUAUGGAAGAAUGUGAAGCUCUCUGUACAAGAAUGGCUAUCAUGGUUAAUGGAAAGUUCAGGUGUCUGGGAAGUGUACAGCAUCUCAAGAACAAGUUUGGAGAUGGGUACACAAUUGUAGUACGGAUAGGAGGUUCAAAUCCAGACCUAAAACCUGUGGAGGAUUUCUUCAGCCAUGCCUUCCCAGGGAGCAUGUUAAAGGAAAAACAUAGAGGAAUGCUGCAGUACCAACUGCGGUCCUCACACUCUUCCUUGGCUAGGAUCUUCAGCAUCUUAUCCAAGAACAAGAAAAAACUUCACAUUGAAGAUUAUUCAGUCUCUCAGACCACUCUUGACCAAGUGUUUGUUAAUUUUGCCAAGGACCAAAGUGAUGAUGAUCAUUUGAAGGACUUGUCAUUGCACAAAAACCAGACUGUUGUAGAUAUGGCUGUCCUGACAUCAUUUCUCCAGGAUGAGAAGGUUAAAGAAAGCUGUGUGUGACAAGUCAAACUGGACAAGUACAGAGGAUUUUCAUAAAAAGCCUCCCUUGGCCAGGUCAUGGAAAGUGAAUGCCAGAGGUCAGGUCACUAACACCUGAGCACUGAGGGAGGCAUCAUAAACUGGACUACAGAGCUACCACUCAAUGCAAUGCAAAUCAAUGCAAAAUGAAAAAUACAAUUCCAGAACAGAGGCAGUGCCUCUUGUGUUGCCUUGUUGUACUGUACAAGUAGAAGACUUGAACUUAGAGGCCAACAGUAUGACAAUGUGAAUCUGUAAUGUUGCACCCACUGUAUCCUGCCGAAAAGUGGGGUUGCUACAUAUGUCUACCAUGUUCUGUUCCAGGACUGCAACGAUCUUACCACUGACAAAUCUUGACCAGUUACUAUUUAUUACUGUAUGGGGCUUUGAUAUUCGUCAGGAGAACCAAACUUGGUCUGUUCAGAAGGACUAUCUUUAAUAUUGGGGAUAUAUGUGUGGGCUUCAGGAGAUGUGUUGUCACCACUAAGACUGCCCUGUGUAUUUUUUUUUUAUAUCUGCUUUAUAGCACAGUCCACAAUUUUGCAGAGACUCCUACUAGAGAAGCCAUUAUCAGCAUUUCAGAUCAGGCCAGUGUGAAAUCCCAAUAGAAAGACUGACUGCAUCCAGUAUUUGUAAUUUAUUUAAAUUAUCUAGAGUUUACUAUAUUCUCAUUAAUAAAUGUUAGCAAAUCAAAAAACAUGAGCCACAACGUAUCGUGUGUGGAUGCAGACCACAAUAUAGUACUUUUUCUUAUUUUUUUUUAUACUGCUUUAGAUCCAUGUUUUCUAAAGUUGUUUUUUGUUCUGUAGCAUUGUUACAGGUGUCUUUUGUUGUUAUUUUGACAUUUGACUAAUGUCUUUAGGGCUUUUUUAAAUUUUAGAACUUCAAGUAAUAUAUUUUUGUUUUUAUUUUGAUUAUGACUUCUAGUUUACUUUAGGAUAUUUGUGAUCAUGUGCAAUUACCUGCAUGUGACAUGCUCUUCCUUUUAUAAAAAAAAAGAAAAAAACUGAUGCACUCUUUUUGGUACUCCAGUGCAUUUUCAUCAACAAGCCAAGAAUUUGAAAUAAUAGUCUUUCCAUGCGUGAAGCUUGGAUAUAAGUAGAGCGAGGAAGAUAAGCUUAGUACCCAAAGUAUACAUCUCAGCCACAGUCAUUUUACAUUACACCGCUUAUGUUCUUAA